AUGCAUCCAUUCGGGCCUUUCGUCGAACAUGUGGUGGGGUAUUGGGAGGAGAGCAGGAAAAGGCCUAAGAAAAUAUUGUUUCUCAAAUAUGAAGAGCUCAAAGCUGACCCCAAGAUGCAACUUUUGAAGAUUGCUGAGUUUAUGGGGAGACCAUUUGGAGACGAUGAAGAAGGAGAAGUUGAUGAGAUUUUGGACAGGUGCAGUUUGGAGAGGCUCAAGAAUUUGGAGGUGAAUAAGAGUGGGUCCCAUUUCAUAAGCGUUCCAAACAGUUCCUUUUUUCGGAAAGGUGGAGUCGGGGACUCGAAGAACUAUUUGACGCCAGAGAUGGAAAUGCAGAUCCACCAAACAAUUACUCUCAAGCUCGAGGCCAUUGGUCUCUGUUUUUAA